UAUUGUUACUUAUAUUUCCUCAUUGUAACGACACUCAAACUGAGAUUAAAUAAUUAAUUCCAUCGGUAAUGACGUCAGAGUCAAUUUCGUUGUAACGCAACACCGCGGUCCCUUUAAUUGUUAACGUAAGCGACGUGCUUUGUGCGUCAUCACGUCCCUUAGCAAAACAGCCAGAGGCCAUGGUCAAAUCGUUCGUUCACGGGAUGUUAUCGCCUCUUUCCUGCGCCGGAGUCACGUUUAGCAGACCAGUCUCUGUAAACCUUUGAGAUGCCUGUGUGAGAAAAUCCCAGCAGAUCAGCAGGUUCUGAAAAACUCAGACCAGCCCACGUGAUACCAACUAGCAUGCCACAUUCAAAAUCAUUCAAAUCACCUUCAUCUCCCUUUGUGAUGCUCCGUUUGAACUUCGGCAGGAAAAACCUGCUUUAAAUAUAGUGCAUGAAGAACCACAACCAGGAUGAUCUACAUCAUAAUGGGAGUCUCGGGUUGUGGAAAAAGCACCUUUGGGAUCUUCCUAUCUGAAAAGCUGGGUUGGCCCCUGUACGAAGGGGAUGACUUCCACCCACGGGAGAACAUCGAGAAGAUGUCUCGCGGUGAAGCGCUUACAGAUCAGGACAGAUUGCCGUGGCUUCUCAAACUACACGAAGUCAUUCAGAGAGAGAGGAGUUCAGGCUCUGAUGCUCUCCUGGUGUGCUCUGCACUGAAGCACCAGUACAGACGGAUCCUCCUCCAUGGCUCCAAAGCCCUCACUUCCCCUUCGGAGACAGACCAAGAAAUCUUCCCUCCGGCUUCUCCUGAUGUCUUUUUUCUUUUCCUUCGUGGUGACUAUGAAUUCAUUUACCAGAGGAUGGUGGCCCGGAGGGGUCACUAUAUGAAAGCCGACAUGCUGCGUUCCCAGUUUGAUACUUUAGAGGCUCCGUCUGAUGAGGAGAAUGUGUUGACACUGGACAUCCAGAGGGGCAUCGAUGAUAUGGCUGUGGAGGUUGAAAGGCACUUAAUCGACCACAGGUCAGGGCUACCAGCGUAGCCUUGACCACCACAACAGACCACAUGGGAUCCUUAGCAGCUGUAACAUUGAUAUUCCAGCAAAUAUUCAGGAUCCUGCAGGAUUACAUUUGAAUGACUUUGGUGAUUCCCUGUGUGGCUCUCCACAGCAACCAGGAAGUCACAGUUUCCACUUAUUUGAAAACAUCCAGCAUCUACUCGAUGGACUGGCACACGAGCUUGACAGUGGACAUCAGAUGUUUGUUUUUUUUCCCUCUUUCCCUUGAAUAUCUUGAAAACAGUUGAGCAGUAGAUGAAUCCACAUGUUCGAUUAUUAUAUUGUCACAGAUGCACUUCCUGAUGUUCCCCUCCUAGUUACCCAGGCUUGGACAAAGACUGGAAAGUUGUGACUCCACGAGGCUGGUGUGGUGUCUCCUUCUGGGGUCCCUGUGGGCAUCUUUAGCAUGUAAGGUGAAUAAGUUAAAUACAACAUGGAGCCCAUUUUUAUAUAAACUUAAAUCUAUAUAAUUUUACAGAAAUAUAACAUCUCUGUAAAUUUUGUAAUAGAUUUAAAGGCCUCGGGAGUAAUAAAAAGUAUGAUUAAUGCCUUUAUUAGGACAAAAUUAAUAUUUUUAGAUACUUGAAAACUAAAUACCUACAAAGCUGUGAUAGAAAUGAUUAACAUGUCAACAUGACAGACUAAGAUGAUGAACAUCAGUGUAAUCACACUGUCAUGUGACAUUUUAGCACCUCGCUCAAAGCAGCAGUUUGCCUAAGUAGAACAACACAGAGUGUGUGGCCUUUACUGUUGUUCUAGUCCCUUUUGAAUAGCUAAUUAAUGUCUGGUUUGUAGUGAGGAUGAGAAAUAAAUCACUGUUUCAGUGUUGAUGUAAAACCACAGAGUGUGGCAGGCUUGACGAGCUCAUUAGUUAUUUAGUGAAGAGUGGAAUACACAGUAUGUGUGAUUUUCGAGAGUUCUAGCUGGUUGCAAACAUUUAAAUAUUUAGGUGCCAUUCUAAUAAAUGCAUUGUGUGUCUGUGUGUAAGCUUUGAAACUGAACCGGUUUGUGCGUAUUUAAGGAUGGUAUCUUUUAAGAAUAUGCCAUGGUGAAGAUAAAAGGUUUUUACAGCCUGCUGUGAUUUCUGCCUGUGGGGGUGUGUCCUGCCUUAGGUACCGCCCUUCUGUACUGCUAAGACCAGAGUGCUUAAUUAAGGCCAGAUAGAUUUGUGUGGAGUGGAAGAUGGUGCUAAUUGUUUUUUGUUAAGUGACCAGCUUUUAGGUUUUUCUGUGUUUCUCUUCUUUUCAUAGUGAUAACAUGUGACGAAUCUCCUUUAGUUGAAUCCUUUAACUAAAAAAACAAACACACACGUAUUUCAUUACUAAUUUUGCCUUCUUUUUCAAUCUGGACAUUUUUUGUUACUUCUCCACAUACCCUGGACUUCUGGACGUUUCGAGUGUUUGAUCAUAAAUGAUGUGAUGCUGAUCUUUUUAAUAGUUGGAAUAAACACAUGGAAGCUCUUUAUUUGUCCUGAUGAUUGUCCUCAACAAACCCAAAGAUAGUCAGGUCACAUAAGCAUCUUUGUUUGUUUUAGAGCCCUAGAAAACUCUGCACAGUGUCUUCUCUGCUGAGAAUGUUUCUUUAUCAUUUUCAGGAUAACAAGUUUCUUCUGAGAUUGAAAUCUUCACACCGACAAAGUCGAAUCAUUAAAGAGAUUUACCGGUAACCUGAACACUUCACUGCUCCCCUCUGUGAGGUUCAGACCAAACACUCAGACACACUCUCUCACACCUGCACUUGUGGAGCUGUUUUAGUGUUGUGACUCAUCUACAAACCUCAACCCGAAUAUUUUUGGAGCUUCUAAUCCAGAAACCCCCCCUCCCGGCUACUCUCAUAUCUCACACAUUCAGCCGCACACACACUUUGCUGGAGAUUAACCCCCCCCCCCAGUCUGGC